CAAGCCCUUCGACUGUCACGUGGCUGAUUAUCUCAACUUCGUAGUGGUUCGUAAGUUUCUAAGUUUCAUGGAGUGGGACGAGUCGGUAAACUGUAACGAUAACUGCAUAAUAACAAGGUGUGGGUCUUCUCCAUUAUUUGUUCUAACGUUGAGUAAAGAGUUAAACAUGCUAAUGGUGUAAGCCUCGUCGUCAUAGCCUGACGUUUAUCUGCCUGUUAGCUAGACGCUAACAGCUGAUUGUUUGGCGGACAUGAAACAACAUGAAACAGGUAGGAAUGGACCUGAGCUCCGCUCCCUGUUCACAGCCGGCAGAUAAAACCUUCGUGUAUCUGUGGACCUGCACUCGGUUCCAGCAGGAGCAGGUGGAAUGGACCGACCUGAAUAAACUGCUCCAGCACCAUGGCUUUAAACCGGUUCAGUUUGCAGAUCCCGUCCAGAAUAAGAACCUUUCAGGUGAGUCUCAUUGGUGAAUGAUAAUACAGUAGAAAGAGUAAUGGAAAAAGUGUUUCUUACUUAUGGCGUUAUUAUAUAAUUUAUGACUUAUGUUCUGCAAUUAAUAUCUUGUGUUUUGUCUUACAUCUGUUUUAUAUAUUUGACAUUUCACCUAGAUUGUUCAAUGGUUGUCUCACGCCAGUGAUGCAGGUGUGAGAAUGUAAACAUCUCCACACACACAGCGACAGGGAUGAGAAGGUGCAUGUGCUGUAGUCUGAUUGAGCUACACAGAUGUUUCACCGUAGUCGGACAGACGGGUUAAAAGGCAGAAGCAACUUGAGGAUCGUGGGCUCUUUGCAUCACACCUUCAUGGUGUGUGCACUGAUCUCCCCAGCUGGUUUUUGGUUUGUUGAUGAUGCAACAAACAGAUUUAAACCCCAAGGUCCCCAAAUUUGGGGCACAUUUAAUGAUAAACAGAUGGCACCAAAUAUGAAAUAAUAAAUCAAUGAAUGGGUAGUAUAGGGUUAAAACACAUUUUAAAGUUACUGCAGAUCUUGUUUUUUAGUAGUGAUGCUCCUGAUCCCCUACUACUUUUUUAGAUUUGGUUCUCCUGGACCAGAGAUCCGUGUAUAACAGUGAGUGUACAGUUCAACAAGAGCUGACUGUGAAUCUGUUGCUUUACCAGCUGCUGUUGUGUUUUCAGCAUUAACAGAGCGAAUAAGUAAGAGUAAAUUGUUUAACGCAAUGUUAAUAUCUUCAUGUGUUUAAUAAUAAAUGACAGUUGUGUCGACCACCUGUUCUCCUGUCAUUCAAUCUGUACGCUUCAGGUGAGUUCCCCUGCUCAUUUUCUCCUCAUCUGUUAAGUGGUGGCUUGGUAGCUCAGAUGGUAGAGCAUUGAACUGAGAAGCAGAAGGUUUGAUCUGUUCAAUCCUUGCCUCUGGCAUUAGCUGUGUCUUUGAGCAAGACACUUCCCUCCUGUGCCCCUCACCGUGUCUGCCCUCUGCUCUCCCAGGGGAUGGGUCAAAUGCAGAGAUAAAUUUCCCCCACUGUGAGAUCAAUAAAGUUUUAGUAUAUCUUCACUCAAACAUGAAUCUGCUGUUGUAACAGCCUCUGAGUUCCAAAUGUUUAGUACUGAUAUUUAUUAUAGUCAGCUUUAGUCUUUAAUGUUUGUUCCUCUUGUUUUAACCUGUUUUUGUCUGAUACUGUAGAUACUGUCUGUAUCUAAAAGCAGACAGAGGAGAAUGCUCAGAUACAGAGAUCACUUUAUUUCGCCUCUCAAAGAGGAAGAGAGUUGCACCAUUCAGAACAUCUGCAAGAACUUCAGCGGACACAGCUCUGCAGUAGACCAGCAGUAAGAAGAUGGUUCACAUUCGGCUUCUCAAGCUGACAGUAGCCACCGAGCUGCAGCGUGGUUUGGAUAAACUGGCUGUCAGACUGGUGCCCUGGCAGCCUCCGGACUCUGGGGCCAGUUCUACAGAAGCUGUGAAGGUGGAGGACAUGAUGGUGCUCGUGGACUCGCUGCUGGAAAACACCUGCACUGGUGAUGAUCAGACUAUGGAUCCAGACCAUGGAGCCCAGAGUGAAUGGUGUCGGACUCCUCCGACACCAUUCACUCUGGGCUCCAUGGUCUCUCACUUCCAGAAACUAUUUGACGUCCUUUCCCUCAGCGGCGUCUACCCUCGUAUGAAUGAGGUCUACACCAGGCUGGGGGAGAUGACUACAGCCAUUAGGAACCUCCGAGACGUUCUAGACCUAGCGGGAUACCGCCCCCUAGUGGAAGCAUGCAGUUGUUCUGGCUGUCAUUACACGCCGCUGACUUGGAGAACCAAUCAAGUGAAAUUGGAUAAUCUACACUGGCGCAGUGACAGCCGGGUUCCUCCUGCUGAGGUGGUGAACACAGUGUCGUCGCUGGUGUCCUCCACUAAACGCUCUGCUGGGCUCCGAGAUGUUCUGGUAGACUCUGACAUUGACAGUAUCCUUGUUAAAGUGAAGCAGCAUGAGGAGUUCUUCCCAGCUUUCCAUGGCCUCGCGACAGAGCUGUUACACAUGUAGCGGAUUCAAAUUAUUGAUAGUUUGAUAUUAAUGCAAAGCAUUAAUAUACCUCGAAGUUGGGGCACCAGGUUUGUUUUAAAGCUGAAACCACGCUUGUAUUAAUCUAGUCAAAGCCAGAUAUCAAUUCAAUGAGUUACCACUCAUGAACAACAAUAACCACUUUCUUGUGAUAAAACCAAAUCAGUCUCUUAUGCCGUGAAUUCUUGUCGCGGUUCAGUGACCUCUGUUUAAAUCUGAAGAACAAUGCACACAAAACCAGAUUCCUUUUAACGUUUUAUUAAUCUAACACUACUGGAUAUAUGAAUAACAGAAUAUGGAAAUACUCAAAUAAACAGAAUAGAAAAUGAGAGAACGAUCAGAAUGAGAUGAUGAACAGUGAAUGAAUCAAUGAGUGAAAACACAAAGAAUGGUCAAGACCUGAGUGUGUGAUGGCUUUGAUCAAGCGAAAAGAGUAUUUGUCUCUAACUAAUUCAAAUCUAAGGAUAACUAAUCAAUUUGGAAUGUUCAAUUUUAGCGCUUUGAGAAACACCAGAAUUCUCAGAGGAUCAGAGAUGUUCGUCUUGCCUUAGUUUGGAGCUGUAGCCGCUGUGCAGCGUCUCCCGUUACCGGUUGGUUGAGCAGGCGUGCCCUCUCUGGUCCAGGUGCCACGGCCUCUGGGCCAGGAAUCGUCGCCCGCGGUGAUGAUGACGGCUCGGGUUCAGCAGAGUAACAGUCAGCCAGGCUGGACUUCCAAGGUGUUGCAAAGCGUCAGCGCUACUUAAACUAGCCCAAAAAGCAAACGGGCUGGAAUCUAAUUUAAUUAGUUCAAUCAAAAAUAGCAAGUCAAUUAAGGACUGGUUGUAAUAGUUUCAGUUUCGCGGAGUUUCUUGAUGACUUUCUAACGUUACAAAAAUCGUUGUUCGUUCGUGUUUCUAAGUUUAACUUAGGUUUACAAAAUUUAAGAACAAAGGAAAAUUAAAGAAAAGUAAUGCGACGCAAAAAGAAAAAGUGAAAGAAGUUUGAACAUAGAGGGAAGUCCCUUUUGCCUUGGGUGUCACUGGUUUAAAUACCUCUGGGGCAGUGGUCACUGCAGGGCGGAGAAAUGACUUCAACCAGUGGUGAAGAGUUCCACCUCUUCAGAUCAGGAAUCAAACUAUUUGAUUUGGAUCGCUCCUAAAUCUGGGAUAACUAAGCUUUCCUCAUCAAGCUCAAAGUUCCAUCAAACCAUAACACAAUAAACAUGCAAUGAUCACUUUGACACUCAAAUGAGCCGAGAAGUCAGAAUGGUUAAAAAGCAAUAUUAAAUGCAUUGAAUCUUAAGGUCUUAUAUGUGGUCCCUUACAAUGCUGUAACAAAUUAAAUGUUAUUCAUGAUGACUGGUCUUGUCUUAUGUAACACCAAGUAAAUACUAAAACAUACACGAAUAAUAAAUGCAAGCAAAAUCAAAUUAUAAAUGACCUAAUCUGGACAUUACUAAUUAAACAAUUGUAACACUUAAAAAUGUGAUACAAUAAUGAGGAUACCGAAUUGUAGCUGGUGGAAAUAGUCUAUUUGUCUAUAUGUGUAUGUUGUACAGAUUAAAAGAAGUAAAAAAGG